AUGAGGCUGUUUGGCCACAUUAGGCAGAAGAAAUCCAAGUUCGAAUGGUCGGAUGAGGCAGAGGCGGCCUUUCUUAAAUUGAAAGAUCAUUUGCAUAUUCCACCCCGCCUCGUCAGUCCUUUACAAGGAGAAGUCUUAUUAUCUGGCAGUAUCCGAACACUCGCUGAGUGUAGUUCUCCUUACGGAGAGAGAAGGGGUGCAGAUGCCCGCCUACUUUGUGAGCCAUGUCCUGCAGAACGCCGAUGUAAGAUCACAAAGCUGGAAGCAGCCGGCCGGAUGUUGAAUUGGGCUAUUGAACUUAAUGCAUUUGAUAUUUCGUAUGAGCCAAGGAAAGCCAUCAAGGGGCAGGCAUUCGCAGAUUUCAUUGUGGAAAUGAGAAGGCAUGUUUUCUCGAAAAAUACGAAGAUUGUGUGGAUAGUCCAUGUAGAUGGUUCAUCCAGACAGAAUGGGUGUGGAGCCGGCAUAAUCUGUCAGUCACCUGAAGAGGACACAUACGAAUAUUCUAUGCGCCUUAACUUUCAGGAGUCAUACAAUGAAGCAGAAUAUGAGGCCCUACUCUGCGGCAUUAAGAUGUGCAAAACAGGAGGAGCUGAAGAGAUUUUGGCCUUAUCCGACUCUCAACUCAUUGUAAGUCAAGUCAAUGGGGACUAUGAGGCAAGAGACCCACCAAUGAUAAAAUACAUGCAGGCCGUUCACCAAGAGGUCGAACACCUGAAGAGUUUUCAGGUAAGGCAAGUUCCUCUAUCUGAAAACAAUCAAGCUGAUACAUUGUCCAAAGUAGCCAGUUCUGCUUCCUGUGACACCUCGCAUCAUGUAUUCUGGGAAGUAAAAGAUCAUAAGAGUAUUGAGCAGCUCGUAGCGGCAAUUCUAGACAGAACUUCCACAUGGAUGGAUGAUAUAAUCAACUUUAAAAUGAAUGGGGCCUUACCUGACGACCCGAAGCAGGUGGCAAAACUCCAGAAGAAAUGUUAUUGGUUUGAAAUGUGGAAUGGAACAUUAUACAAAAAGUCUUACUCCCGUCCUCUCCUACGAUGCGUGACGCCUGAGAAAGGGCAUGAGAUCCUGGAAGAUAUCCACCAAGGUUUGUGCAGCUCGCAUAUUGGGGGAAGGGCUUUGGCUGAAAAGACACUUUGGAACGGCUAUUAUUGGCCAACUUUAAAGGAGGAUGCAUUUUCCUUGGUUAAAAAAUGUGACAAAUGCCAACGCUUUGCUCAUCUGAUACACAGGCCGGCUCGAAUCCUGACACCUAUCACUAGUCCAGUACCAUUUUUCAAGUGGGGAAUGGACCUUUUGGGUCCAUAUACCGCCCGCACCUGGAGGGAGGCGUUAUGUUAUUGUUGCUGUUGA